AUAACUAGCCGGGACUCUUAAACAUAAGAGCAGAAAGCUGGAAAAGUCACUUAAAAGCACUUUUAUAUCUAACAGAGUGACAAAGCCACAGGAAGCAGCAGACAGAGAGUAUACUGCAGGUCAUUUUCAGAGAACAGAAGAAUAACACACUCCUGUAUUCCUGUUAUCUCACAGUCAGUCUGCUCCCACAGCAACAGCUUUCAUCACCAGAGUGAAGGUUCAACAAUCAGAAGUAAAAAUGAGAUGCUUUGGAUUCCUCAAAGUCAUGAUGUUUUUUUUCAAUGGCAUUAUCUUUUUGGCGGGUGCUGCCAUCCUGGGUGUUGGGAUCUGGGUGAAGGUGGACAGCGGCUCCAUCCUCAGUUUCCUUGGGAAAAUUGAAAACGCGCCAGCAGAGCUCAGUCAAGUGCUCAACGUGGGCUACCUGUUGGUUGCAAUAGGAGCGCUGCUGGUCAUCAUCGGUUUUCUAGGGUGCUGUGGAGCUGUCAGAGAGAGCAAGUGUAUGCUGUUGCUGUUUUUUAUCAUAGUCUUGCUGGUCUUCAUAGCGGAGGUUGCAGGAGCAGUGGUGAUCUUGGUAUUCAGACCACUGGCAGACGAGUUGAUUCAAAAGUUUGGCACGGCAGCGGUUCGGAACAUCAAGACAGACUAUGGGGAAAACCCAGACAUCACAGGACUAUGGAAUACUACAAUGAGCACGUUAAAAUGUUGUGGAUUUUACAACUCCUCAGACUUCGUGGACUCCCCAUAUUAUGUGAACAGCGACAAACAAUACCCACCGCAGUGCUGUCCAGGCACUAAUUAUCCAUGUAAUAAGACGGAGGCUGACAAUGUUACGACAGUCACUGGUUGCUUUCCAAAGAUCAGGCAGUUGAUUGACGACAACACAGUGGUUAUGGUGGCAGUGGCGCUGGUGAUUGCAGCUCUGGAGAUAUGUGCCCUGGCUGUCUCUAUGACCCUUUUCUGCAGAAUAAAAUCCAUGAGUCCCUAACUACAAAUGGUGAAGACCUUAGAGGGAUCAUUUUAAUCACUGGAGCCUUUCCACUUCCUAUAUUGUCUCUAGAGGAGUGAAGGGCAGUGCCUUUAUCUUGCAA